AUGCGGUCAAUACCGCAUGAUGCUCGCCCCUCUGAACAUUUUCUAUCCUUCUCGAAAACUGAACUAUGUGCAGCUGAGCCUCACCUGAAGGUUUGCCAGCCAAAUGGAAACAAUAGAGCGCAAAGCUCGAAAAUCAUCAAUGGCGAUGGGCUGACUGCAGAAAGAUUGGAACAACUUUCCAAGCAUUCCAACAAGGGUUUCAUUGAAGAAGAAGGAAACACUGGGAGGUCUUCUGGAUCUUCAGAUGUUGCCGAUCCGUUUGAUGAAGUUGCAACUAGAUCCCCACCAUCCUCUAGUGAUUAUGACGAAGAACGAUAUUCUCGACGAAGACAUCGCAAGAAGCACCGUAAAUCUCAUCGUGGAUAUUACGGUUACGGUUCUCCUUACACUCAGUAUUACCAACAACGUCAUGAUCCAUCAGUCUAUCGUGUCUAUCCGGGACUUCAUCCAAAGGACGGCAAAUACUGUUCGGAUAUGAAGGCAAUGUUCGCCUACACAUGUGCUCCAAGCAAGCCACUUCGCAUUGAUCUUGUCGAGUUUUGCAAAGACUACGCCGCUUUCUGUAACGUUCCAAACUUCCACAGACUUCCUGGACCACGAAUGGGACCACCACUUACAGACAAGGGAGUUGGUCAUGUUGAUGUGAACGGUCACUUUGGAUUUGGAGUUGGAGCAGUUCCAGGAUUGGAAGUUGGAGUUGGAUGGGGAGUCGAUGUUGGACCAAUUCCUGGAAUGGGAGAGAGUGUGGGAGUCGGUGUUGGACUGGAUCUUGGUAUCAUGGGAUCAAAGACUCCUGAAGCAUUCCGUCGUGGACAGGAUGAUCCAAACGCUAAAGGAGGUGGUAUUGUGGGAAUCAAUGGAGGAGUCGGAGUAAAAGCACCAGGAACUGGAGAUGGAGUCGGAGUGGGAACAGGAUUAGGAGUUGGAAAGUGA